AUAUAAAUCUGCAUGCUGCAAAUUAAAAAUGCAACAACCAAGCUCUGAUUAUUCUCCAGACCUGGUCAAAGAAACCUGCACCAGUGUGGAACCUCUAGACAGGGAAGCUGAUCUCCAUAAGGAAAAUGCUGCUUGGUCUGAAAGCAGCAGCCCAGAAGAUGUCUUCAGUUCCUCUGAAGUACAGACAGUACCAGUUUGUAUGGACACCACCUUGCCUCCUGGGGAUGACAUUCUCCAACAAGGUUACACAGAGUCUUCACUUCUGAGGCUUCCUACAGAGGAAAGCAUUGGGAUCCACCAUGCGCCUUCCCAGUUCCACCGCCAUGCUCGGGCCAGAAUUUCCACUUCUCCAACUUUACGGCGCCUAAGGAUGGCCUCUGCCUCACAAGCACUGUCAUUUCAGGAUUGUUCUGACACAGCUCAGCUGGGAAAUCAAAAGGAAUACACUGGCUCUCUCUACCACAUUUGUAAGAGUCCACCUCGGUGCAUUACAAUUUCUUCAUUGUCGCUGCCUUCUUGCGUCCAUGCAAAAUUAUUGUCAUCCAAAGCCAAGUCUGAGAGAACUACAGCAGUUCCAGACUCUGACCUACCCAGAUCAAAGCUUCCAAGCAAAGAGGAUCCACUCGGCAAUGACAGUCCCAAUGAGCCACCCAGGAAAUCUUGGAGAGCCAACUCUGCUACACUUCCUACGAAACUCUCCCGCCCAGUCCCUACACUUUGGGCUGGUGUCCAGGAGAGUGGACUGCCCAUGCAAAGAUCAGCCGAGCGCCGGCGCAGCUCCCUGGUAGUGAGUCUGCCGGGACUCGAGGUGUUCCCUGGAGACCUCCUGGUGUCAGACAGUGCCAUGGACUACCUGCCCUACUCAUCCUUCCUGCUCAGUGCAGAGUCCAAAAAGUCAAGGUGGCCAUUUGCCAAAAGAGGAGUCGGCAAAGACAAACAGAAGCAAGCAUCUGAUCUGGAAAGUUGUCUUUCUACUGUUAAGAUCAUAGACCACUGCACAGAUGAAUUUUUCUGCUUUAAGGGUAAAUCUUGGCAUGAAUUUAUAAAUGAGCAACAGACUGAGCAGAAAGAUGUCAACAGCCAGUUAGAAGUGAGAAAAGAAGCAGCAGUGUGGGAACUUUUCACAAGUGAAUGCACUUACUUUCUGGAUCAUUUGCUGGUUCUCAAGAUGAUAUUUAUGAACACUCUAAAAUACCUCCAGAGUAAUGAAUUUCUCUUGGAUGUGGAUUUGUGGAGACUAUUUGCAAACUUAGAGGAGUUAAACAAGAUAAGUCUCAGUUUUCUGAAAAUGUUUUUUGAAACGGUGAAGAAGCACGUCAGUGAGUCAGACUCUCCAAUGGAUUUCAGCUCCGUACUCAGAACGUUUUUCCAGGGUGACCUCUGCCAGACACACCAGAUUUAUUGCCUUAAUUAUACCUCUGCUGUCUUCUACUUAGAAAAACUGAGGCAGAGAGAAGAUUUUGGCAUCUAUCUGAAGUGGUGUGAACAAAAUGAACAGUGCAAGAGGUUGCACCUGCCAGAGCUGCUGGUUGCUCCUCUGCAUCGACUGACGCGGUAUCCCCUCCUCCUCAACAACAUCUGGAAGAGAAGCACUGAUGAAAGAGAGAAAAGUUUUAUCCAGUCACUUAAAGAGAAGGUGGAAAAGUCUAUAAGGGAUCUGGAAGGCAAAGUCAAGUGGUUGGCCAACUUUCAGAAGUUCAGGCAGCUGCAAGAGGUCAUAAUUUGGCCUCAGGUCUGGGAUCGUGACAAAAGGUUCUUUGUCCCAGAGUGUUUGAAGCAAAACUUAAGAGAAAACAGCAGUGAAAACAUUUUGUCUUCAGCGAACAGACUUCUCCUUCAUGAAGGGAAGCUGAUGCUAGCAGAAAGCACAAGACUCCUUGAUGUCUACCUCUUUUUAUUUGAUGAUUUCCUGCUAAUUACCAAAAUUAAACGUAACAAAAAGAAACAUGGAGGCUCAGACACCAGCUUAAUCCCCGUCUGUCCUUCCCUCACUCCUGAGCUGCAGUCCUUCAUAAGAGAGGGGGGAUUUUGCACAGUCCUAGACCAGCCCAUCCCACUAGACAGACUCAUACUGAAAAAUGUUGAACCCGUCCAAGUUACAGUCUUCAGCCUGCGAAAUGCUUUUCUAAUUCAGCAUCAGAACAGGUAUGGGCAGUGCAUAGCAGUCUUCUUGCUACAAGCUCAGACAGAGACUGCCAAGAAAGCAUGGAUGUCACAGAUAGAAACAGCAAUCUCCAAUUACACCACACAACAUGAAACCAAGAAAAGCACUGCUUUCUGCUCCCCUGAUGAAUCCUCUGAAUAACGUCAGCAUUGCAGCGACGCAGCCAGUGGAAGACUAUUGCAGUGAUAAUAUAGUUAUUUUAUAAUGUAAAUAUAAUGCCUUAGGUCUCUGAAGCUAACAGAUUUCUGACUUGGCAAAAAUAUGGCACAUAGACCACACACACUGACCACAUUUUAGGAAUAAAUUGGAGGAGGAGAAUGAGCCAUGCAGCAAAUGUAUCACUCCUAGAUGCUCCUUUGCUUCACCUAGGGAACGUUCUUGCCACCCAAGGAAUCUUUAAUAGAGCUUGUCAUUUCCUAGAAAGCAUGACAGGGGAAAAACCCUUAUGUUGGGAAGGACAACUCAUUCCCCAGAGAAGUUUAGAAAGAUUAGUAAAUCAUUCAAACUGUAUUAAUAAAUUUCAUUACAUUAGAAUUGUGUAGCCAUAGCUUCUGAUAUUUAUGUGUCUCUACCCAGUAACCUAUAAUAUCCCAAGAUGUUUUUUGCACUAACAUUAUGUGUAUAUGUAUACAUAUGUAUGCACUUACCUGGUCCAGUGCUCUCCAGAUACAGCCUGGCCACUGUGAUACACAAAUUCCUGCUCUUCCCCUGUGUCAAUCAUGGGCAAGUUUUUCCUUCCUGGGAAAGGAACAGCCAUCAGGCUCCAUGCCAAGUGGUGAAUGUGUGAAGCAGGAGGGCAGAACAGAGUGCAGACAGAUCUGCACCAGGGCAUCACACAAGCUGCCAAUGCCUUGGCUGACACAGCUGUGCUCCGUCUCCUGGAUCCCAUGCUCAGCUGCACACUGCGUCACACCGAGGGCUCACCAGAACCUCACAGCAUUCUGAAACCAGUGCUGACAGGACAAAGAUUUUUCAAGUCCAGAGGAGUCACACCUGACAGACUAAGGUGUGUGCUUUGUGUGCUGGCAGAAGGGAGAAGGUAUUUCACUUUGCAUACUUUUUAACAAAACAACCUUUAGCCAGGUCUACUCAGUUUAGCAGACAAGCAGUCAUUCCUGGCCAGCAUGUCUCCAAGGAGGACAGCCCAGGGGAAGGAAGUAUUUAUACACAGGCUUGUCUUCAUGGAGAUGCAAGCUCAAUAGGCUCUUCUGUGGUGUCAAGAGAACGAUACCUCAGAAAGCAGUUGAGGGAGAAAUUGACUUCGCAAUUCAAACUGCCUUCCAGAGGAGAACUCUCUUCUCCAUCUUUCUCCACAUCUACACACAGACCCUGCUUCAAUAGCUAAACAUGGGUUGUUUGGUUGUGCCUCCAUAAUUCAAGAGUCACAGGACUGAUCUCCCACAUUAACCAUCUGGCUUCUCUCGGCAACACAGUUCCGCCCUGAAAGAGCUUUCCAUUUCACAAGUGAGACCUUUAUUGGUCUCAAAUAAAACAAGUGCUACUUUUUGAGUUUUCCAGUUAUGCCAAUUGUCCAGCUGCAUCAACUGUGAUGUCAGAACACAGCCAGUGACAAGGACUUUCACCAAAUGUGGGAUACUCGGCAGCCUUGUACAGCUAUUGGGAAUGAAAAGACUACUCUGAAUUUAACCUGUGAAAAGACAAGAUUUGAAAACAGUCAUUAUUACUGUGUCCUCAGGAAUGUCAAAGCCUUUGCUGCAGCUCCCUGCAACUCUAAGAAACUGGAACAUUUAGCUUGUUCUUACAUGUGUAUAAGAACAGUUCAUCUACAUUUGUAAAACUAUAUAUCCACCAUUUCAAAGUAGCUUUGCUGUCUGAAACAGGGCAAGGUAGUUUUGAAUGAUAUAACCUGGUCUAUUAGAAAGGUCUAAUUUUUUUUAUUAUCAUUAAUAGUCAUUCCUUUAACAUAUUAGAAAACAAAAAUGACAUUUCAGCAACAAUUCAUCAUAGUUUAUACAGAACCCAAUGAUGCAUGGUGUCACCUUCCCACUCAAAUCUACAGCCACCUUGCAGAUCACAGAGUUUAAGAAUUACAGUGCACACUGGACUAAAUUCUUUCACAAUGUAAGGCACAACUACAUGAUCACAAGUAAACACAAACACUGAAAGCAGAACUUAAAAGAGAAUAAAAUUUCAAUUAAAAAGAAAUAAAAUCAAAACAGACUCAUGCAAAAAAUCUGUCUACACCUACCAAGAUGGUAUGAUCCAGUUUAGAAGUACAGUACUCUGUAAGUAAAACUGCAACAUAAGUCUUUUAUAAUACAUUACUUCUAAAUACCAAGUAAAAACUUAUAUUUUUUUCCAUUUAUAUUUUAUACAAUUAUACAGAAAUUAAGCUGUAUGAACAAUAUUCACAUCUGCAAUAAUAAACUGAUCAUUAAAAAUCAGAAAAGAGGCAAAUGAGACCAUGUAAUUUGUGGCACUCAUCCAUUACAGAACACCAUUCAUCCAGUUCAUAUCUCAAGUACUGAAGAGAAAAAACACGACUGAGUGAAUGGUACAUUUGGUGACUGAGGCUAUCUGUAACCAAAUGACAAAGCUCCAUACAAAAUUGGUUUUACCCAGCAGACCUCAAUUUUGAAAGCUUGUGGUUAUAAUUUAUUUCCUGUCCAGCAGCUGGAGUUUGCAAGGUUGAAGCUACAGAAGUUAAAAGAAUUUAAGAGAAUUCACAAUAACUUGAAACUGUUGGAUUAUUUCAAAAACACAGUAAAAAAAAAUUAACUAUCUUCCUUUUUGGUGAUAAACUUUUGCAAUUUUGGCAUUCACUAUAACUUCUAUGUAAUAUGACCGUGAGAAAACCUUAUUAAACUUACCUAAUGUUUGAAUUUCACAUUGAGAGGUAGCUUAAAUUAAAUCUUAUGUAAUGGCAUCAAAUGGGGGGGGGGGGGGGGGGGUGACUUUUUUUUGUGACUUUUUUUCUUUUCUUACAAAAGUGACUAUUUCUAUACAAGCAGCAUUUUGGACAUAUUACUAUAAAAAGUUCUGGUAUUUGCUAACCCAGCGAGAUGUUCUUUCAAACAUCCCUGUCAUGCCAGGAAUCAAGCUCCAGUGUGAUACAAUGGAGGACUUUGCCAUAAAGCCAACAGCAGUUGCCUGGACCUGCCAGCACUAAUCUGUUGACAUAUAACAAUGAACAUCCUUUCCCAGCCCUCUUUACCCAAAAAAAAAAAAAAAAAAAAAAAAAGGACAAAAUA